CAUGUCAAUACUUGUUUACCGGUUGCCAUGACGACCAAGUUUUGCAUGACAGUGCUCUGGAGAUAAUGGAGUAAAAUAAUUUCGGCUAUAACCUAAAACAGAUCAAUAAAGGCGGUGUAAUUCUACCGCGACACGCGACAUGGCCGAAUCUAUGGGAACGUCUAAGAAAGCGAAAAGUGGAAAGAAAGAAAAGAAAUCCGCCACCAAAGCCCAAGCCGACAAUGAAGAAAGUUCCAGCGGAUCAAGUGUCAGUGCUAAUGAAGCAGAUGCCGAAGAUGCUGGUCAGAUUGGGACAGGAGUUGCCACCGCAGCUGUUACAGUGGACCGUGACGAAUACUUACAGGCUCAUAGAGAGUUGACCUUCGAUCGGAAUCAACUGCAGAUCAAAAACAACAUACUGCAUCGAAGACUUGCUGAGUAUUAUAAGAAGCGUAAACUUGAGCACGUGUUAAAACCACUAGAAGGAGCGAGUGACUUGGAAGAUAAGUAUCAACAAAAACUGUUAGCUUAUGAAGAACUCAAAGAAAUGGAGGAAAGAGAAGUUACUGACAUAAGGUCAAAAGUUCAAGCAGUUGAAGUGCAAUAUGCUGACAGGCUAGAGGAUGCUGAGAAGAAGUUUGAUGAACUGCAGAACCACGAGAAGAACACCGGCACCGGACUCAUCUACUCCAAGAAGGGGAAACCAAUUGCAGAUAAGACUGUACAGCGAUUCCUGACGCUCCAGCGUCGUAAAUGCGAACAAUCUUCGGCGCUGUGCCUGCGGUAUAUACGAGUGAGAAAUGCGGUCACAGAACUGGAUGCUGUUGUCAGGAAACUAGAGAUGCUCGCGCCUGGACUGUACGUGGCUCAUUACGAGCAACUGCAUAUUGAUAAUCAGAACUAUAUGACUAAAAUUGAAGAACGUGAAGACGAACUCAUUAAAAACCGCGGCAAAUGCACAGAGCAUAACCAGAUCCUAGCCCACAUCAGAGAGAAGAUGCAUCAUACUGACGAAGUGAUAGAUUUUACCGAAUGCGACCUCGGUGAUGCAGAAAUUGAAUAUUUACGCGCUAGAGAAGAUCUGGGACAAGUUAAAAGUCGCCGCGACAAACUUCGUUGGACUUUAGAAGCGGAGCGGCUUAAGGCCGGCUUACUUACUAGAAGGGAUCUGUUGAGGGACUUCCAAGAUGCCACAGAUGAGGUGGUAAAACUAAGGGAGAAGAAGGCUAACCUCGAAGCUCAGAUAGCAAAUACCACGUGCGAGCUUAGAGAGGCGCGGCGGCGCAUGCAAAUCCAAAGAUCCCCACCAGCACAAGAGAAUUCCAAGGAAAUGUUAUCUAUUGUGGACUUUUAAUUUGGUUUAUUAUUUG